GCUACAUGAGUUACAUAAGGCCACACUUCCCGUCACAGUAAUGCAACACAGAGAGAACUGCAGAAGGAAAUAGGGAGAAUUUGAUAAAAAGUCCACAAAAAGAGAAGAGGAUAAUCUGGAAUAAACAUGUUACAUUGGACAGUAAAAGCAAAACUGGGGUUGUAAAACAGUAAUAAUCCAGACAACAUUUGUGUGGGCAUGGAAGAAAAACCACUAAGCUAUGAAGAAGCCAUUAAGAGGGCUGCCAGUGCUAUUAAACGCUUUCCUCUGAUAGACAUUGAAGGUGUGCCUCUCAUGAGCACCAUUGCUGCAAACUGGAAAUCAGUUUCGGAUUUCUCUCCAGACCCAUCGGAUCUGCUCAUCGCUACCUACCCUAAAGCAGGCACAACCUGGACCCAGGAGAUAGUGGAUCUUUUGCUGCACAAUGGAGAUGCUGAGCUAUGCAAGAGAGCACCCACAGCUGUCCGUAGUCCAUUCCUAGAGAUCUUUGCUCCUCCACCUAUACCAUCAGGGCUUGACCUACUUAAACAAACGCAACCCCCAAGAGUCAUCAAGACUCACCUGCCCAUUCAACUAGUGCCUAAAGGGUUCUGGGAAAAUAAAUGCAAGGUCAUCUAUACGGCCCGAAAUGCUAAGGACAAUGCUGUAAGUUACUUUCACUUUGAUCGUAUGAACUUAACCCAGCCAGAGCCAGGACCUUGGGAUGGAUACAUUAACAAGUUUAUGAAAGGAGAAUUGGGCUGGGGCUCUUGGUAUGAUCAUGUGAAAGGAUACUGGAGCGAACGAAAGGAAAAGAAUAUUCUCUACCUCCUCUAUGAAGACAUGAAAGAGAAUCCUCGUAAAGAAAUCGAGAGAAUCAUGUGCUAUCUGGACCUGUCAGUUUCUGAAGAUGUCAUAGAGAGGAUUGUGCAGCUGACAUCUUUUAAAGUCAUGAAAGACAAUCCAAUGGCCAACUACUCAUAUAUCCCGAAGCCUGUGUUUGAUCAGUCCAAAUCUGUCUUCAUGAGAAAAGGCGAAGUCGGUGACUGGGUCAACCAUUUCACUACAGCUCAAUCCCAGAUGUUUGAUGAAGAUUAUGCAAAACAAAUGAAAGAUGUUGAUAUUCCUUUCCGCUUCAACAUUUGAUUCUACUUUAUUUUAUGCGCCUUUUAAAGUGUAUGUGAGAUAACUAGUUAGAUGUCAGUAAACUAAUUAUGCAUGUAAUUGAUAUAUUUUAUCUAAAAUAUAGUUCACUUCUUUGCAUGCGCAUUCAUAUCUUAAUAAUUGAUGACAAACAAGCUUGGCUUGCUGUCCUCGAUGGGAGCUCUGCACCUGAGCUCUGGACCUUCAGAGAGAGCGAACCCCCUGCAACAGAACUGGGGGGAGGAAUAAAGAGAGCAGUAAAGAAGGUGAUGGGGAGGAGGAGGAAUGCCGGCAAAAAUUGAGGAUGAACACGGAGGCCUGAAGGCUGCCUUAUAUACGCACAUGAUGAUUGACAGACCUGAUUGUUUAGGCUCCUCCCGAACCUAUGUUUAAAACUACAUAUGUGACAAUAAUGAAUAAAAACACAUCUCAAAUCCCACAUUGAAGUUCUCUUAAAUUUUAAUUCUGUGAAAGUUAAUUAGUUGAUGUAUUUUUAUAAUGGUAAGUUAAUAUUGAGUAUAUGUAUCAUUAAAAUAAUUAAAAGAUUAUUUAAUUA